AUGGAGAGUUGCGGGCCAACGGACACAGGGGCGGAAGCAGUUGUACGUCUCAAUGUAGGCGGACACCAGUACACCACUGCAGUUUCAACACUUACCGGCACCGAUGGAAUGUUGGCAAGGAUGUUUAAUGGAACCUACAGCUCUACCAAAAUCGAUGGCGCAUAUUUCAUCGAUCGUGAUGGUCAGCUCUUUCGGUAUGUCUUGGAGUUUCUGAGAAACCAGACGGUGCAAUUGCCGGAUUCGAUCUCAGUACUCCGUCAGAUCCAACAGGAGGCUGAGUUCUUCGCCAUUGCCGGCCUGCUUGCGGCAGUGAAACAGAAGCUGCUGGAACGUCGUGUGCGCGUGGAGAUCCAUGUCGAGCGCUUUCGGUGCUCGGACGAUGGCUGCAACUGCGGGGCUGGGCAGAAGGUAGAAGUGAGCGCCUUGGAGGGCUUGGCCUUUUUCGAUUGUGAGCUUUUCCAUCCGCGGCGGGAGCUGCGGCCAAAUUGGACAACGCCAAGUGCAUCUCUUUUGGUGACUUUGCAUCCAGAGGAAAGCCUUGAGCCUGCGAUAGAGGCCGUGCACCAUGCUAUUCUUUGUGCAGACGAGGUCUGUGAGCAAAGUGCCAAGGAGAUUGUGUUGGAGGAGGGCUCUCCAGUGCGACGUGCUUUGGGCGACUUGGCUGCGACUCCGGAGAUGUGCUAUCUCCAAUGGUAUGCCCGAGCCAACGAGUACAAGGUUGGUGACACGCGAGACCCAAGCCUUCAGUAUGUGCACUACGCCAAGUGCGUGAAGCUGACCUUUGAAGUGCAGCUCGUUGGCUCACCCCCAACCGUGUCAGUUUGA